GAUGCGCAGCGCAGAGAUUCACUGACAGUAGCCGUACUUUAUUACUAACAUCACUAAAAUGGUCCUACAGGAGAGUGUCGAUGGUCUUUCGAGCUUCUUUGAGCUUGUUGCCAAGCACAAAGAUAAAAAGAUAAUUUAUGCUCUAUUCUGCGGAGGACUGGAUAGUGCCACAGGAGAAAGCUGGUGCCCUGAUUGUGUGUCAGCUGAACCAGUUAUUGAAAAAGGAUUAGCAGGAGCACCAGAGGAUGCAGUCUUAAUUAAAUGCUCUGUAGGAGACCGAACAAGCUGGAAGGACCCUAACAAUGAGUUUCGCGUGAAUGAGAAACUACGAUUAAAAGGUGUCCCAACACUACUGCAAAUGAACUCACCCAAGAGACUGGUUGAGGAAGACUGUUCCAAAGCUGAUCUUGUGGAGAUGUUCAUCCAAGAUGACUGAUCGUGAUGGAUUCUUUUGGUCCAGCCUUGGGUCCAAGACCAAACUUCAGCCAACAUCAGUUAAUCUGUUGCCUUUGGGAACUAGGUGCUCCUUGCACAAAGUCAAUGAGAAUAAAAGAAUUCAGUAAGCAACAUAUCAAGGGAAUAUGAUGAUUUCUGAUACAGAAGAUGCAUUAACCAAUAAGUCAUGAUUUGCAUAACAUAUAAAUGUAAAUGAAGGAUCAUUGGCCCUCCUUUGGCUGAUCAGAUUUCGAAAAAACCUAAUCCAAUAAACUUUACUUAAAGGUCAAUUCCACCUCAGAAAAAUGUUGAUUUGAA